AUGUAUCGUCGAGAACGCGAUUCUGUCUCUAAACGACACCGUUCAGGUUUCAACAGAGAAUCCAGGAGAGAUGGAAAACCAGAGACAGAAAGGAACCCGUUUCUGCUAAGGUGGAGUCUGGGUGGUGUGAGAAAAGAAACGGACAAGAAACCAAAUGGACAUAGUGAAGGAAGCAAGCGUUCUUCCAACCCAACUGCUAUACCUCGUUCUCGAUCUUACUUUCAGCACAAUGAGCAUGGUAAAGCCGGGCAAGCCGGGCAAGCUGGUCGAAGCUCUGGCAGGAGAGCUGCUGCUGAAUGUCGAUAUAGGGAUUCAAAGGAUGAUCGGGACGAAAGGGAAGCAAACAGGCCAGCAGCUUAUGAUUCACGGCAACGAGAGGUGAAGCCACGAGGUAAGGGAGAUGACAGUAUAUGGUACCUUGAUGGUUACUUGAAAAUGGAGACUGAGCCACCACCACAUGGGAGGAACAGACCUGCGUUUAGGGAGAAGAAGAUUCCAGGGACGACUGACAAUCCUGACAAAGCAAGUGUGGAGCCUCCAACGUCAAGCCAUUCUGGUCGUCCUGUGUCCAUCAGUGAAAGUAGGGAGGAAAGAGUCCACAUCCCUCGCCAUAUAGACAGAUCUGAGAGGCCAGCUGCUGGAAAUAGAGGAGACAUGCUGAGAGGUGGCCGUCCAUCAAGAGAAAGAUAUGGUGGUGGGAAUUAGGGAAGAGGGAGAUUCAGUGAGAGGCAAGGUCACCGCCCAAGUGUCAUGCAAGGAGAGAAAUGGAAGCAUGAUUUCUUUGAUGAUGCUAACAGGAGUCCAACCACCAAGAACGAAGAGGAUCAAAUUGCGAAAAUCGAAGACUCUUUCUUGGCUUCAUAGGAAUACAGAGGAGGAUGGCGUGAAGUUUCUGAUCUGCAUAACGUAGUUCUUUUUUUUUUUUUCUUUUUUUGUGUUGGCGUUUUCCCCUAUCCAGACAUUUUGAGCGCGGAGAUGGUGGAUUGGAGUACAUUGCUCUUGUGAUUUCUUUUUCACGGUUCAACAAACAGUUAUCUACCAAUCUAAUUAGCACUCUGAAAAUGCUGUUCUUCAAUUCAUUCCUCAAAUGAGACACUAUCAAUAUUUAAAUGUUGUGCCUCCUCAUGGCUCAUAUCGUUUUGAGCGCAUUUUGGAGACGUUUACUGUACCUCUUUUUUUUUUUUCCUGGUCUCAAAGGGGAUUUGAACUCGAGAUCCUUGCAGAAGGCGCACAGCCGCUGGGGGCGCGGCAAGUAUUUCAUGCGUACAAAGUCAUUUAUUAAAAUUGUGGUAAAAUACCUUUGGUAAUUUCUUGUCUUGAUUUUGAAAUGGCAGUGUGAUACGAUUCGGCAAAAGUGAGGUCAGGCUCUAAUUUCGGUCCAAACACAUUGAUCUUGACCCGACCAUGACCCCUCAAGAUUCACACAUGCAGGUUUUGAA